AGGUUCGCAUUUGGAAGUCAUCGGCAUUCUAACCACGUGGGAUGUAGUGAAGUUGGAAUAGUGAAAUAGUUGCUUGGAAAUCUCUUUUCUGAUAUCCUCAAGAUGACGAAUGUCGGCAAAUCCACUCUUUCCAAGAAUGUCUUGCAAAUGAAGUUCAUGCAGAGAAGUGCCCUGCAGAUAGAGAAAGAGAAAACAGAAGAGGGGAAACAAAAAGUUAUAGAUGAUGAACAUUGGGUCCUAGAUUUACCUGAAACAGAACAAAAGGAAUCUAAAUACAUUAUUGAGGGCAAUAUUUCCCAUAUAGAGAGUCUACAGUUUGGACGAUUUUCAUUUAACGGCUGUAACCCAGAAGUGGAGAAGUUGAUGAAAUCCCACAACACAGAGAUGGAGCUAGAGGCGGCGGCAGCGAGGGAGGCUCAGAACUCGGUCAAUGAUCAGGAGAUGGCAGACAGAUACAAGUCUUUAUCACAAACCAUUGCCAAAAAAUUUGCCAAGAAGAGGAAACGAGCGGAGAUUGAUGAGUCGUUUGAUAAGGAGAGUUCUAUCGUAACGGUGGACGCGGGGACAUCUCAAAAGAACAAAAAGAAUGUAACGGUGGACGAGGGGACAUCUAAAAAGGAAAAAAAGAAAUCCUUAAAAAAAAAGUUCAUGAAGCCAAAAGAUGACUGAAAUAAAAACCAAGUGAAUCGUCUGCAGUAUAAAAACAGAUCUGUGGUCACCAGACACACAUCAGAGAUGAAUACAAGUUUGCAUCUGACAGAAUGAUCACUGCGUUUUAGGUUGGUUAUUUUUCAGAACAAAUUUUCUUCAAAAGGAAGAUUGUGAUGUAAGUUCUCUCCCUUUGAUGAUGAUUACAUACUAUAAUAUUUAAAUGAGGGAUGACCCAAAACUAAGAAUAUUCUAUUUCAAAAUCAAAGUGAAUAGACAGUGUCAAGACAAUAUUUCAAAGAAGUGAAGUUAAGUAAGCUACCAGAUUUUAAUUAAGCUAUCAAAUGAUCAUUUUCUUCAUAUCACGGUGUUCUAAAUCACAAAGGUUUGCAUGCAAAGUGAAAAAUUUGUGUCAUGAAAAUUUGGCAUAUCAAAAAAAGGGCAGAUCUUUUAAAAUUUAAUGUUUUAUGACUGAUAACUUUAUUUUAUGUUUUAUUGUAAUAUAUAAAACAUUGAUUAACUGAAAGAACAUGGCAUGUACAUGUAGGUAUCUAAUACCUAGUAUUAGAUGCAUCUAUUCAAUGAAGCUAGAUUAUAUAUUUGUACACAUUAAUGUAUUUUCAAAUAUUUUUAUAAUCUAUUGAAUAAGCUUGAAAUGAAUCAUGUGCCCCAUUAAUAAAAGAUUGUUUCUACAUUUAUAUGGAUAGAAAUAUAUAUCUCUACAUAUUUAUAGUGGGAAAAGUGAAAUGUAUGUUGUUAAUAUUGAUGUAUUGUUAAGUUUGAAUUUAUAAUAAAAAAUGUGAAAAAGAAA